AUGUCGGAGCUUCCGAUACCGGUGAUAGAUUUAUCUAGGGCCAAGACGGACCGGAUACAACUAGCGAAAGAAGUCGUUCACGCCCUUGAGAACAUAGGAUUUUUAUACAUUGAUAACGUAAAAGGUAUUGAUUUUGAUAAGUUAUUCAAAAUAUGUCAGUGGUUCUUCGGGUUGCCAAUGGAAACAAAAAUGGAGUUAACAAGAAAAAACUUUAAAUCUGAAAACCACAACCUUUAUCGAGGAUAUUUUCCUGUGGUAGAGGGCGAACCAAGCCGGAAGGAGGGAUUUGAAUUCGCUCGAGAUGUUCCUGUAGACGAUAAAACUGUUUCGCCGAACAACUGGAUGUAUGAAAAAUCAGUUUGGCCAGAAGAAAACGGCACCGUUGCUUUUAAGGAAUUCUUACAAAAUAUGUAUGAAAUAGUUCACGAAACAUCACAGGAAAUACUACGACUGGCUGCACUUGGAUUGGGGAUAGAAGAAAACUCAUUCGAACAUUUAUUUUCUGAUAAACCAUGUUCAACCUUCCGUAUAAUGCAUUACCCUCCAUGGGAAGGGAAACCUCCUGAAAACGCAAUUAUAGAAGAUGGAAAAGUUGUGACUACGCCUGAGCAUAUGGACUCCGACUUUUUAACAUUGCUUCAUAUCUUUAAUUAUGAUGGUCUCGAAGUUCUUAAUUUGGACGGUAAAUGGAUAGCUGUCCCACCUAGGCCAAACAGUUUAAUUAUGAACAUAGGUGUAACGUUCUCACGGAUGAUGGCUGGACGUUUUAAAGCAACCAGACAUCGGGUUUUAGAUAUCGGGAUAGAUAGAUUUUCAGUUCCAUUCUUCUUAUCUCCAUCUUUUGACAGUGAUAUAGGAGUCAAUUUCAUGUCUAAGUUCACCUCAAAUGGACCCGAACAUGUUCCUGAAAAAUUCGGUCCAUGGCUCCUUCAUCGGAUCAAACACGAAAUUAAAUAUUUUGAAUAUAGAGACUUGCCUGAAAUAGAAGAUUAAAUAUUGCAAACGAAACAUGUACAAAAACCUUUAGCAACUAUAAAUUAGAAAUAUAAAAAAUCGGCUAUGUAUUAUUUGCUCAAAUUUACUAAUUACCAACUAAACUCUGAGAUAAAUUAGUCAAAAUAAAGGCAAAAAUGGGAUAAGAAUA